AUGCACACGGACAGCAGAACGAAUCUUCAAUCACGCACUCCUGCUUCUCGAUAUUCAACACCCAGCGCCCUAUCUGCUAGAGUAGACAGCCUUCGAAGCAUGAACAUGGCGGGAUCAAACAACGCAGAGCGUCCAAUGUUCGCAAUACUGAUGACAUUCAAGCAUCCAACCCCCGCCAUUUUCGCCAAAAAAUGGAUCAGCGAGUUCUCCAAUGUGGCCAACGAAUACAGAGAGGGGAACUACUCAGACACCCCAAGAUAUACUUCUAAAUCCUUCGACCUCGUUUUGGCAUUCAAUGCUGAAGCCAACACUCUCGGCUUCACCAAAGAUAACAUGCCGCCAGAACACGCUGCAGGGCAUCCUGGUCCCGAGAAAAACCCAUUCGUCUAUGCCCAAGCCACCCGGACCGUUGUCAAUACAACUCUCAUCCACUGGACUCGUUUGCGCGAGGGCGAAGUUAUUGGAGGCAAGCAGUGGCACACCGCGAGCGCAAAUUACAAGACGGCAGUCAAUGCGCUAUUUUUGAAAGUCGAUCAGGCUGAAGAGGUUGGGCUUUGCCAGACUGAGAUCGAUCAGGAGUUAUUUGAGCGUAUGGCGAGGAAAGAGGGGACCAAGUUGUGUGGCACACCAGAAGGAGAUUGCCAGGCGAUUUGCGAAGUGGAGUUCCGAAAAGCCGGUGAAGUAUACCGAUCGUUCAACACUGCGCAUGUAUAUGGUAUACAGAAUGGGAUUGGCUCGAGGUAUGUCCAUCUAGCUGACGAUGUCGUGAACUUUGUUUUCUGCAUCUCCUCACCAUCAUUAGAACAAACUCUUCACAAACAGAAUCUAGAUUUCCCAAAGCAAAUGUAUGGCCCAAUCGCUCUCCUCAAACCCACAUCCCACAAUCAAACCAAACUACCCAAACCCAACCCAUGGCCCACCAACAACGAUCCUCCUGGCCCAAAAGCUUCUCCUCCUUCGACUCCCUCGAAGAAGAAGCCUCGAUCAUCAGCACAAUACUCAACUCCAGUCUCAGAAGACGAACUCCAAAGACGAGCUCUUCAGGCCUCGAUCGAGACACUCAAAGAAGAGAUUGCGGCGUUGGAGAAGCAGCUCAAGGAUACUGCGCAGGAACGUAUGGAGAUUAGAUUGGAAAUACAGAUUUUGAGGAGGAAUGAGACAUUGAGACUUCAGAGGUUGAGGAGGGAGUUGUUGGAUGCUGGGAUGCUGGGGGCCGUGGAGAUUUUUAGAUGUGAGGUGAGGAGAAUCCUCCCACCGUUGCGUCCUUCAAUACCAUUGGUGUACAUUUCAAGAGGGAUAUCGGAUCAGCUUGUGAUCCACUACAGAUUCUCACUUGCUUUUAUUUCCAGACAUAGCUCCAAUCAGCAAGUACAGAACAGCAACACGGGGUGCAUGGCCAGCCCUGGUCCUACGAAGGUGCUCGAACAAUAUUCUACGCGAGAAACGCAUUCAUUUCCACAGCCAUGA